UCAGUGGAAAGGAAGCUCUUCUCCUACCUUAGUUACUAGUCACAAACUCUGGGGUUCUCUUGGCUUUUCCACGCACGUGGACUGGGGCCUCAGGGAGCGGACGUGUAACUAAGGAAUCCCCAAGACCCGUGGGCGCGCGUAGGGUUAACUGCGAGCCUGUCCUCAUUCUGGCGAUCAGACGCCCCAGGGCCUCGUGACCGCCCAUUUCACGUGGCAUUAGGGGAGAGGACAGCCCCGGAUGCCCCGCGGAUCCCGUGCUGGCGAAUGAGUGGAGUUCUCGGCCUGGCCUCACAAGCUGAGCCUUUCCGACCAGCUCUGAGCCCUGCAGAUGAUGCAACCGAGCCUCACUGCUUGCAUCAGACAGGGGUCCCGGCGGCAGUGAGGGCUGGAAGGAGGUGGAACGGCCUCUGCAGAGAUGUGGGCAGCUGGUCAGGAUGGCCAUUCGGGCUCAGCACAGCAAGGCAGCCCAGACUCAGACUGGGGAAGCAAACAGGGGCUGGACAGGCCAGGAGAGCCUGUCGGACAGUGAUCCUGAGAUGUGGGAGUUGCUGCAGAGGGAGAAGGACAGGCAGUGUCGUGGCCUGGAGCUCAUUGCCUCAGAGAACUUCUGCAGCCGAGCUGCGCUGGAGGCCCUGGGGUCCUGUCUGAACAACAAGUACUCGGAGGGUUAUCCUGGCAAGAGAUAUUAUGGGGGAGCAGAGGUGGUGGAUGAAAUUGAGCUGCUGUGCCAGCGCCGGGCCUUGGAAGCCUUUGACCUGGAUCCUGCACAGUGGGGAGUCAAUGUCCAGCCCUACUCUGGGUCCCCAGCCAACCUGGCUGUCUAUACAGCCCUUCUGCAACCUCAUGACCGGAUCAUGGGGCUGGACCUGCCCGAUGGGGGCCAUCUCACCCACGGCUACAUGUCUGACGUCAAGCGGAUAUCAGCCACGUCCAUCUUCUUCGAGUCUAUGCCCUAUAAGCUCAACCCCAAAACUGGCCUCAUUGACUAUGACCAGCUGGCACUGACUGCUCGACUUUUCCGACCGCGGCUCAUCAUAGCUGGCACUAGUGCCUAUGCUCGCCUCAUUGACUAUGCCCGCAUGAGAGAGGUGUGUGAUGAAGUCAAAGCACACCUGCUGGCAGACAUGGCUCACAUCAGUGGCCUGGUGGCUGCCAAGGUGAUUCCCUCGCCUUUCAAGCACGCGGACAUCGUCACCACCACUACUCACAAGACUCUUCGAGGGGCCAGGUCAGGGCUCAUCUUCUACCGGAAAGGGGUGAAGGCUGUGGACCCCAAGACUGGCCGGGAGAUCCCUUACACAUUUGAGGACCGAAUCAACUUUGCCGUGUUCCCAUCCCUGCAGGGGGGCCCCCACAAUCAUGCCAUUGCUGCAGUAGCUGUGGCCCUAAAGCAGGCUUGCACCCCUGUGUUCCGGGAGUACUCCCUGCAGGUUCUGAAGAAUGCUCGGGCCAUGGCGGAUGCCCUGCUAGAGCGAGGCUACUCACUGGUAUCGGGUGGUACUGACAAUCACCUGGUGCUGGUGGACCUGCGGCCCAAGGGCCUGGAUGGAGCUCGGGCUGAGCGGGUGCUGGAGCUUGUAUCCAUCACUGCCAACAAGAACACCUGUCCUGGAGACCGAAGUGCCAUCACACCAGGGGGCCUGCGGCUUGGGACCCCGGCCUUGACUUCUCGACAGUUCCGUGAGGAUGACUUCCGGAGAGUUGUGGACUUUAUAGAUGAAGGGGUCAACAUUGGCUUAGAGGUGAAGACCAAGACUGCCAAGCUCCAGGAUUUCAAAUCCUUCCUGCUCAAGGACUCAGAAACAAGUCAGCGUCUGGCCGACCUCAGGCAACGGGUGGAGCAGUUUGCCAGGGGCUUCCCCAUGCCUGGUUUUGAUGAGCAUUGAAGGCACCUGGGAAAUGAGGCCCACAGACUGGAAGUUACUCUCCCUCCCCCUACCUGGGCCAGUGAAAUAGAAAGCCUUUCUAUUUUUUGGUGGGGGAGGGAAGACCUCUCACCUAGGGCAAGAGCCAGGUAUUACCCCCUUCCCAGAAUUUGUAACUGAGAAGAUCUUUCCUUUUCCCUUUUUCAGUAACAAGACUUAGAAGGAGGGCCCAGGCACUUUCUGUUUGAACCCCUGUCAGGAUCACAGUGUCAGAGAUGCGUGCUCUUUCUUAGGGAAGUUGGGGAGUGCCCUUCAGAGCCAGUGGCAGGCAGGGGUGGGUAGGCACCCUCCUUCCUGUUUUUAUCUAAUAAAAUACCAACCUGCCCUGAGUUUCCAUUACUGUAGGUGGGGUCCUCUGGGCCAAACAGUGAUUUGUCUCCUUCAAUGUGUACACUCCUCCCCUCCCACCACCUCUACCACAAGGACCCCCGGGGCUGCAGCCUCCUCUCUCUGUCUCUGAUCAGAGCCGACACCAGACGUGAUUAGCAGGCGCAGCAAAUUCAAUUUGUUAAAUGAAAUUGUAUUU